UCUUCCUUACACAUCACCUCAUUUGAGAACAGCAGAUGCACAUGGAUUACAUUUCUCUUAUUCCCAAAAUUCCCAAUUUCGUAAUUUUUGUGUAAUUUUCUGUCAUUUUCAACCUUUAAUUUCUAACUAGAAGGAGUAAACAGGCGUUGGCUAGUUUUCUGAUAGUGAUCAUUCAACUGUGGCCUUAUAUUUGGAGGGAGACAGAAUGAAUUCUUGAAGAAUGUGGUUAGAAAAAUAUUAAAGAUAGUCGGUUCGAAAUGAACCGGAUAUUGAUGUGCGAACAUCUGAAAUAAGUUGGGAGGCUCGGUAUCUUCUACAUACGCAAGAGGAGGCGCAAUCGUGAUUUGAUGGUUCUGAAGAUAUUCCGUAUUAAUUUCUUUCCUCAUUCCUGAUCAAUCUUGUUGACUCAGACCAACGCUGGUAAAGUAUAUGGCUACGAAACGUGGAGACAAAUCAAAACAUGAGCUGGUCACUUUGGCUAAUAAUAAAAGAAGAGAAGAUGAAUAUAUUGAGCGACUUGUACUUUCUUCCGACACGUUGCAAGGAAUUGCCUUACUUUACAAUACCUCGGUUGCCGAAUUAAAGAAACUCAAUCAUCUUCACAAAGAUACAGAUCUGCAUGGUCGUAGAAUAAUUAAAGUUCCAUCUAGAGGAAUACUGGUUGAUUUGACUGACGCUCCCCCAAGCCCUCCAUUACAUGUACGUGAUGAUGGAAAUUCUGAAGAAAGUGACGAGGAGUCGACAAAUGGUCAAAUAUAUUUGAGUAAUGUUGACACUGCUUUGCAAGAAAUUCGUGAGAAAGCCGAGACGGUUGCUGCGAACUCUGUGGUACUGCAAACUUCCAAUUCAAACGAGACUCUACUAACGCGUAAGGAUUUACUGGCCUUCCAAUCUAAAAAUGAAGAUAUUGCAUGGUGGAAAAUUGCAUUGCCAUGCAUUGGCGUUUUAUUCGUGUUGCCAUAUUUAUAUUACCUCUAUCUAGAACAUUUGGAAUACAUUCAUCACACACAUUCUAAUGCGAGUAGCAGCACCACGAAUGAUAGUGUCACUCCUCACUCUCAAUUACAUUAUUAAACAAAGUCGUGAAAUUAUAUAAGAUUUAACAAUAUAUAUUUUAUGUCAAUAAUAACUAUAUAUCGUAUAAUGUAACGUAUUUUAAAACGUAUUCGCUACAAUUUUAUAAAAUUUUAACAUGUGAACGUGAAACAAUUUUAACAAUAAACGCGAUACAGUCUACCUGAACCAUG